CACACACACACACACACACACACACACACACUCAGACACACAUACACAGACUGCCUAUUAGCCUGGUCUACACAAGGAGCCUCUUGACAAACUGAUAAUAUGGCAACACCCUAUUUCUCCCCCCUCUGUAUCUGAUAGGAAGUGCACUCUGAGAUACGGGCUUAUCUCCCCAUCGAGCCCCAGGCAUUGUUGUAAGUUCGAGAGGAUCCGGACUGUGCCAACCGGCUGGCUUCCACAGUAUCAAGUUGAGGGCUUUGGGAUGUGUGAGCGCUUGCAUGAAUUCCUAUGUGAGUGCCCCAAUACUGUGGCAACUCCCAUGGCAGGCACUCAAGGCAGUAGCGGCUUUUCCAUCCCUGUCGUCUGUUGUCAGUGCUUCGUCCGUUUCUCUCAUAGCCACUGUAGCUAAGGGAUGACUAGGACGGAAGAAUGAUGAUGAUACAGCGUGUUCUUAAAGGGACAUUCCUUACUCUUGUUUUCAUCGCCUUGUAUACAUCUUUUUAUCUUGGCGUCAUUUCCGACAGCAGUAGAAGGGAGACAGUAGAACCCACAAUGACUACCACAACAUCGGCAGUUGAAGAGAGCACUCCCUAUGGCCCUGAUCUAUACAUUGGGUUGGGACUUUCCAUAGCCUCUUCAGUGUUCAUUGGCAGCAGCUUUAUCAUCAAAAAGAAGUCACUCUUAGCCUUAGGGAAGGCUGGCGGCACAAGAGCAGGGGCUGGAGGCUAUGGCUAUCUCAGAUACUGGCUCUGGUGGGCAGGGCUGCUAUCCAUGGGAUUUGGAGAAGUGCUCAAUUUCGUAGCCUAUGCGUUUGCGCCAGCCACACUUGUAACACCUCUAGGGGCUCUGUCUGUGAUUGUGACUGCGCUCCUUUCACAGUACUUCCUCGGGGAAAUCCUCAAUAUUUUAGGAAAGAUAGGAUGUGCUCUUUGCUUGUUGGGUGCCACAGUGGUUGUUAUUCACGCGCCACAAGAGACGGAGGUGUCAAGUAUGGAGGAUCUGAAAGCAAAACUUGUUGAUCCAGUGUUUGUGGUGUAUGUGGCUGUGGUGGUUACAGCAUCUCUGGUCCUCAUCAUCCACUUUGGGCCUCGCUAUGGUACUCGAGAUGUGACUAUCUAUAUCGCCAUCUGCUCUCUAAUAGGCGGGUUCUCUGUCCUUGGGUGUAAAGCCAUCGGGUUGGCUGUGAAGUAUAUACAAUCUAUAGAAUGUAAUCAUGCACUGUUUGAUCUAAUCAUAAAGGUCGACAACAGCAGUAAGUUGCUCUUCCCUAACGGGACCUCUACAGGAGACAUAAGGAGAAUGGUUUCCAAUGGAUUCCUGUUCUCUAGGUCUCAUACGGUUGCACCAGAUGAAUUGAAAGGCCCCUUUUGUUCUCUCAAACCCUCACAGGCUCUAGACAUCUUCAACACCUCAUUGGUGACCCCCAUCUACUACGUGUUUUUCACUGCUUGUGUCAUCCUGUCAUCAGCCAUGCUAUUCAAGGAGUGGAAAGGCCUUCCAGCCAAGGACAUCAUAGGGGUCCUUUCAGGAUUCUUUACUGUUGUCAUUGGCAUCUUCAUCUUGCAUGCCUUUAAGGAUAUGGACAUCACCUGGACAGGCAUGUCAACCUUGCUCCUGGGUGGCGUAGUGAGUGAAUCAAGGCGGAAUAGCACAGAGGACACAGGAAACGAAGUGACGCCACUGUCAGAGGAGGAGGAGGGACUCAUCACCUCUGAGCCCCUCUCAUAUGGCUCCAAUAAGCGGGUUUACUGAAGCUUAGGACGAAGCACAUCAUUAUUCCUCUGCCACUGCUCCAAGUGAUUCAGUUAUGCUCAAUGAUGAUGAUCGAAGUGCUAAAGAUGUUUUUUUUUUAUUAUUAUUAUUAUUACUAUUUUUAUUAUUAUUAUUAUUACUGCUCUCAGUCAGAGUGCUAUGAUAGGUCAUGGGUUUCUCACUUUUAUACAGUAGAGGGAGCAGAAAGUUGUUUUUUUAAAGAUGGAGGUUACAAAUAGAAUUUUAUGUGAUUAUAGUAUUUUUGGUAACUACUUGAAGUAUACAUCUGUGAUGAUUCUUUUGUAUAAGAACCAAAUUUCUUGCUCUCUUCCUAAAAAAAUUAUGGUAGUCUCUGUAUUCUGAAUCUAUGAGCUCUAAACAUACCUGAAUAGAAGUUUUUUCCUGUGUGUUGCCAACUAAGCUAAACAAAUUUUCUACGAGGUUUUUGUAAGUUUUGAAGGCCAGUUAUGUUUACAUUAUCAAAAAUGCAUAAUAUAUCAGAUAGAAUACCAUUAUAAAAAAAAAAAAAAUUAAAAGCUAUUAUAAAAAUAGAUUUAUGACGUACAUUACAAUACCGAAGGUUUUUUAAAGUGCUGAUGAAAUUAUAUAACCUGAGUGGUGAUUCAAAUUAUA